UUAAUGCACUUACGGAAAAUAUUGGUGCAUCUAAUCCAAUUAUUGAAGCAACUUAUGAUCUAAUGAUUCUCGUUAUUGUUCCAGUGGUCUUAACCAUUGAUAUUGAUAGCGAAAAAUUUAUUAAUGCUAGUGAAAGAAGAGAGUUAAGGCACAUACUUAAAUAUUUAAAAUUUGUUCCCGCUAUAAAUAUAGUUUUAGUUUGCACUACAUUUAGUACUACUUGUAUUUCAUGUUGUUUACUUGGUUUAUUUUAUUUAAAUGCUCAUUUUAAUACUUCUAAUGAUUCUAAAAAAACUCACAAAACGGAAAGAGCAUUAGUUUUUCCUUCAAUUAUUGUGAGUUUAUCAAUCUUUAUUGUAGAUUUAGUCUUUCUUAUUUUAGCGGCAAAUCGAAAUAAUGGUCAGCAUCCUGGGUCUCCUGAUGAACAGGAAAGAAUAUGGAUUAAUAAUGGUCUAGAUUUCAAAGGCCUUAAAGAUUGGGUUGGUGAUGCAAUAAAAAGGGAACAGCUCGAAAGAGCAACGUCGAUAGUGAGCUUUUGUUCGGAAUUGAUAUUUUGCGCAAUUGUUGCACCCAGCGUUUUAUGGAUUAAGACCUAUCUUUUCUUAUCAUUUCUAUCAUAUUCAAUGAAUGAUCUUUAUUUGAAGUUGAAACAUAAACAAGAAGAUUGCGAAAAGUCAAAACAUAAGCAAAAAAAUGGCACUGCUACAUCUGACGUACAAGAAACUCCGUAA